AUGACCGCGAUGAUGGGAGUGGAGGCACAAGGCCAGCUGGGGCAGCCAGGGUUGCCAGUCCCCGCCCCGACUUGUACUAGCACAUUCUUCAGUGCUCUCAUUAGGCUAAUACCUUGCAGGGCGGCGGUUGCUCCUUUUAGCCCCAUUCCCCCGAGCGAAGCCUGCUGUAAUUCCGUCAAAGCUCUAGGCCAGCCUUGCUUGUGUAUUCUUAUCAAUGGCCCUCCAAUCUCCGGUGUUGACCGGAACAUGGCCCUCCAGCUCCCCGAAAAGUGCACCGCCAACUUUGAACCAUGUAGCCCUCCUGUUUACCCUAUUAAUCACUAA